UGGUGUACGGAUGUGCAAGUAGUCAGUUUUCCUAUCCUCUUUGCACUUGCAAAAAAUAUCCAUAAAUAUCAUGAAGGAGAAGAAGAAGAAGAAGAAGCAAAAGGCGCAUACUUUGCUCUAUCUAUAGCAAUUAGGAGCAACAGGAAGAAGAAGAAGACGAAGUAAACAGAGACGUAGCAUGUUUUAAAGAAAUGGCUCCAACACUAUCCUUCAAGCCAUACAUUUCACCUGCUUCAACUAAUUGGAGGCAGCCAAAAGUGGUAGUGAAUAGUAAUGCAGUGAAUUGGAAUGGUAAAAGAAGAGUAGAGGUUACGGUAGUAGCAAGAGGAAUGUUAUCUCCAAGGAAGUUUCUACAGAGAAGAAAGAAAGUAGAAGUUUUUAAAGAUGAAGCAGAUGAAGCUUACCACAAAAAUUGGAGAGGAUUGAUGAGGCAAAUUGAGGAAACAGAUUCUCCUGUUUCAGUUCUUAAAUCCAAAUUAAUUAACAAUCAAUCUCUUCCUAAGCAUUUGGUUUUAGGUACUUUGGUUAGGUUCAAACAGCUCAAGAAAUGGCAUCUUGUUUCUCAGAUUCUAGAAUGGGUCAGGACGCAAUCCUGGUGGGACUUUAAUGAAAUGGAUUCACUGAUGCUUAUAACGGCUUAUGGAAAGCAAGGGAACUUCAGUGCAGCUGAGAAGGUAUUAAGUUAUAUGAACAAGAUGGGCUAUGUGCCCAAUGUUGUAUCCCAUACUGCCCUUAUGGAGGCCUAUGGAAGAGGAGCUCGAUAUAAUAAUGCUGAAGCCAUCUUUCGGAGGAUGCAAUCUUCAGGUCCCAAGCCUUCUGCUGUGACGUAUCAAAUAAUACUAAAAAAUUUUGUCGAGGGAAACAAGUUUAAGGAAGCUGAAGAAGUUUUUGAGACUCUUUUGGACGAGGAGAAAUCACCUUUAAAACCAGACCAGAAAAUGUUCCACAUGAUGAUUUACAUGCAUAGAAAAGCUGGGAAUUAUGAAAAGGCUCGUCAAAUAUUUGCACUAAUGACUCAGCGAGGAGUUCCAAAAUCUACCGUCACUUAUAACAGUCUAAUGUCAUUUGAGACCAAUUACAAGGAAGUUUCAAAGAUCUAUGAUCAGAUGCAAAGAUCCGGCCUUCAACCUGAUGUCAUAAGCUAUGCAUUACUCAUCAAUGCUUAUGGGAAAGCUCGGAGGGAAGAUGAAGCUUUGGCUGUUUUCGAGGAGAUGCUGGAUGCUGGUGUCAGGCCAACCCACAAAGCAUACAACAUUUUGCUUGAUGCCUUUGCAAUCUCUGGAAUGGUGGAGCAAGCUCGAACAGUGUUUAAGAGCAUGAGAAGGGACAGAUACACUCCGGAUCUAUGCUCUUAUACAACUAUGUUAUCAGCAUAUGUGAAUGCAUCUGACAUGGCGGGUGCUGAAAAUUUCUUUAAUAGACUGAAACAAGAUGGACUUGAACCUAAUGUUGUUACUUACGGGGCAUUGAUCAAAGGGUAUGCGAAGACUAAUAAUCUUGAUAAGAUGAUGGAAAAAUACGAGGAAAUGCAGUUAAGGGGUGUCAAAGCAAAUCAAACAAUUUUUACUACAAUAAUGGAUGCAUAUGGUAAGAACAAGGAUUUUGGAAGUGCUGUUAUUUGGUACAAGGAAAUGGAGCAGUACGGGGUUCCUCCUGACCAGAAAGCAAAAAACAUCCUUCUGUCUUUGGCCAAAACAGCAGAUGAACAGAAGGAAGCUAAUCAAAUGGUAGGACAUUCAGGUGAUUGUGGUGAUGCACAUAGCAUUUUUGGGUCUUCUAGGUUUGUGGAUGAUGAUGAUGAUGAUGAUGACGAUGAUGAUGAUGAUGAUGAUGAUGAUGAUGAUGAUGAUGACGAUGACGAUGACGAUGACGAUGACGACAUCAAUGAUCAGGAUGAUGAGGACAACUAUGAUGAAGCAGGUAAUGCAGAAGAUACAAUUUCUUAUAGUGAAGAACGAGAAAAAUUAAUAGCCUUUAAUGGGUACAGUCAACAAAAUAGGGAAGGCCUACAUGCUCUUGAAGUUAUUAAUUUGUAAGUUCUUAGGCUUCUAAAUUUUGGGUUGGGAUGGUACUCAGCUGCAAAAGUGAUUUUGGUUAUAUUUGUUAAGAGUUGUUAAUCAUAUAAAGUCUGUUUUCUGUCUUCAUUGCAUCUUUGUAAUAUAUGAUAAAUUUCAUCUGUGUUUAGUCUUA